AUGAAAACUUCCAAACCAUCUACCAGCUUUGCAUCAGAUAAAACAACUCCCAAGCUAACUAUCAGUUUAGCAUCAGAUACAAAAACUCCCAACCCAUCUACCAGCUUUGCAUCAGAUAAAACAACUUCCAAGCUAACUAACAGUUUAGCAUCAGAUAAAACAACUCCCAACCCAUCUACCAGCUUUGCAUCAGAUAAAACAACUCCCAAGCUAACUAUCAGUUUAGCAUCAGAUACAAAAACUCCCAACCCAUCUACCAGCUUUGCAUCAGAUAAAACAACUUCCAAGCUAACUAACAGUUUAGCAUCAGAUAAAACAACUCCCAACCCAUCUACCAGCUUUGCAUCAGAUAAAACAACUCCCAAGCUAACUAACAGUUUAGCACCAGAUACAACAACUCCCAACCCAACUACCAGUUUUGCACCAGAUAAAACAACUCCUAAGCGAACUACCAGUUUUGCCCCAGAUACAACGACUCCUGUGCCAACUUCCAGUUUUGCAUCAUAUUCGACAACUCCCGAAUCAACUUCCAGUUUCACAUCAGAUAAUACAACUCCUGAGCAAACUACCAAUUUAUCACCAUAUACAACAACUCCCAACCCAACUACCAGCUUCACACCAGAUAAAGCAACUCCCAACUUAACUACCAGUUUUGUGGCAGGUAUGUCAACUCCCGUGCUAACUACUAGUUUUGCGUCAUAUACAGCAACUCCUGAUGUAACUACCAGGGUCACAUUACAAACAUCAACUCACAAUAAGGCUACAAGUUUCCCAUUACAUACAACAAUUCUCAAGCCAACUACUAAUUUCACAUCACAUGCAAUAACUCCCAACCCAACUACCAGUUUUACAUCCUAUACAGCAGCGCACAAUCUAACUACCUGGUUUACAUUGUAUAGGACAACUUACAAUCAAACUACAAGCUUUACAUCAUAUACGACAACUUCCGAGUCAACUAAAAGUUUCCCAUUACAUACAACAAUUAUCAAGUCAACUACCAGUUUCAUGUCACAUAUGACAACUCGCAAUCCAACUAAUAAUUUCACAUCAAAUACAACUCCUAUUCCAACUACCAGAUUCAUGUCACAUAUGAUAACUCAUGGAUACACUGAUCCAUCAAAGGCAUCAGAAGACUUAGAAAAUCUGGAGAAUAAAAUGAAAGAAUUGGAAAAAGGCAAUAAAAGCUAUGCAAUGAUUGUCAAGGAGAAUGGUGUUGGUUUUCAUUAUGUACAAGCCAAAAAUACAAAAACCAAAGACAUGAACAUAUGCUACUCUUCAGCUGAUGUCACGUUUGUUGAGAGUCAAAGUGACCUGUCACUUAUUAACUGUUCCUGGUCAAUAAAAAUUUCCAAGGAGGCUUUUGAUAAAUCACGUCUUGAAAACAAUGGAACUGCAUUUGUUGGAGUUCUACGGUUCCAAAACUUGAGAUAUAUGAAUCAAACUGAAAAUUACACUGUUUUGAACAAUGAGGUUUAUGGAAUAACGAUGAGGGCCAAAAUCUCCAACCUUACCGACAAUAUAGACAUAUUCUUUAAACAUAAAGAUCUGACCGAUAAGGCAUCCUGUGUUUCUUGGGAUGGCAAAGGAAAACUUAAUUGGACAACAUUUGGCUGUAAAACAGAAAUCAACAAAGACACCAUAAAGUGCUCCUGCUCACACCUGACCUUCUUUGCAGUGCUGAUGAUCCCUCAGUCUCAGUCAAAUGCAAACAUCACAGCUCUGCAUCUGGAAUCGCUAACUUUAAUUUCUUCUAUCGGCUGCGGCAUCUCCAUGUUUUUUAUGGCAGUCGCUUUGUUGAUGCAUUUCCUGCUACGGAAAGCACAAUCAAAUCAGGCCACGAAGAUCCUGAUGAACAUGUUUGUGGCUUUGUUUCUACUGAAUGGCUCGUUUUUGUCAAACGAGAGCGUCGCUAACACAGGAGACAACGCUGCGUGUGUCUUCAUAGCGCUGCUCCUGCAUUACUCCAUGCUGGCCUCAUUCACCUGGUUCUUCAUUCAAGCUCUUCAUAUGUACUUAUGGCUCAUCAGACAGAACGUCACCAUCACAAACUACAUGAGGAAGAUCACCGUGUUGGGCUGGGUGUGUCCAGCUCCAAUAGUCGUAGUUAUCGUUUCUGUAGGAGGAUAUGAAACAGUGAUCCAGAACGCAAUGUCUGGAAAAAUUACACGAAUGUGCUGGAUUACAAAUCCUUAUAUUCACUACAUAGUGAACAUCGGCUACUAUGCUUUAGUUUUCAUCUUCACGACAGGAAUCUUCAUCAUGAUCGUCACUAAGAUCAUUCAGUCCAGAAUCAUAAGAUCGACUGAAGACAAGAGAAAGACGUUCAGAAAGCAUCUGAUGAUGGUGUUGAGCUUGUUCCUGCUCUUCGGUCUGACGUGGUCUGUGGCGUUCUUCAGUUAUGGACCGAUGCUCAUUCCCUCAUAUUACAUAUUCACUGUGCUGAACUCAUUUCAGGGGUUCUUCCUCUUCCUGUAUUACUACCACAUUCACAAUGACGUCGCGGGUCAGUUCUCUGAUGAUCCAGAAAGCACCGACUCCAGCACAACCAUCACUCAAUCCAGCAUUACUGCUGUGGAAAAUAUUUAUCACUAGCAUAAUUAAG